GUCCGCCAUUUUGACAUUUGUUUAGCUUUGUGUUCCGCAACUAAAUCCAUCAUGUAAUGUCGAUUUAAAUGCUAACUUAGCUAACAAAUCAGUGAUUUCAUUAGUACAGUGAUAAUAUUAAUCAUAAACCUAACAUUAAUUCAAAAGAUAUAUUUCUGCUGAUUGGCGCAUAAAUCAAUAAUGUACCAGUGCCGCUUUUCUAUUUUCACGUUUGUUAAAGUUAUUUUCGUUUCCCGUCGAUAAAUUGUGUCUUGAUUUGAAGCAAUAAUCUUUAAGUCAUUUAUUUAAUUAAAUCAAUAUCCAAUACAGUGUAAAACUGUAGAAAACAGUUUUGUAAAAAAAAAGGCGCGAAGAUUUUUGCCGCGCCGAUUUUUAGGAGCGAACGAAAUAAACCAUUUUGUCAUCUAAGAAAAACAGUUUAAGUGAAGUUCUUCGUAAAACUGAAUUUGAAAAAUGAUAUGUCUCCUUUCAAUACUAUUGCAUUUUCAAUAUUCGGGGCAUAUUGUUUGGUAAAAAGAGAGAGUUCAUGUUAAGUAGGCUAUUUAACUUGCGAUGCGGCUAAGAAGUCGAAAAAGGGAGCGACCGCUCCCAAUUAUAAAGAAGGCCAAAACCACUAAAACUCGAAAAUUUAAAGAUUCAUCAACUUGGAAGAAUAUUUUAAGGCGUACGGCGGCUAGAAAUGAGUCUGUCCAACUUAGCGGGUCUCUGCUAUCUAUCGGACAUCCUAAAAGAAAUUUAAAAACUAAGCCAGCAAGGAUUAAAACAGCAAUCAUGGAAAGAUCAGGGCAAGUGUUAAACAAGAAGCAAAAGCUUAAAGAUGAUGGUCCCAAGAAACCGAUCUUCCAGACGGUGGUACGGAACUCUAUGAAGGAUGUGUCGUCGAGUUUGGUGAAAACAACAAAAUCAAUGCAAAAUGAGAAAGUGUCAACAACGUCUAAAAUAAAAGGAAAUGAUGUGCGCACAACGAAAGGUGUUCAGCUACGUCACAGUUCUCUCAACAGGGAGAUGGUUCGUUCAGAUGUUGUAUCCGCAACUAUAUCACCCCGUAAAACAAGACGGAUUGAUAAGACUGACAAAUCUGCAUCAUUGAAUAGUUCACCAAUACGUAAAGUACGUCAAUUGGGAAUACCAUCUCAGAAAGUUAAAUCAGCAUUGAAUGCUACGAAGGAAAGUCCUAAAAAGAAAUGUAAAGCCAAGGAGCCACUUGUUCCGGAACAAAAUAACUGGAGUAGCGUAGACGAUGACGUUACAAUGUAUGAACCACAUACAACUACAAAUGACUUGGUGAAAGAAGAUUCUGACUCAGAAACUCAAGUAGAGUCUUCAGAGCUAUGUUUGCCAAAUGAUUGUCUAAAUGACUUCAUGGCUAUAGCAGAAUGUGCGGGUUUGAUCAACGAAAGACUACCAGCUGAUGAUGAGGAUAUAAACUUCUUAGCUGAUAAAGCUGCUAGGGUGAUGACUACGGAGAAAGAUGAUGAAAAGAAGUUGCCUCGGAAGAACUCUGUGGAUAAAAGACUGAUGAAACGAAGGAAGUCCAGCAAUGACUUAGAGAUGUAUCAGCCAACGUCUACCACUGAUGAUUUAGAUGUUUGCACCAAUUUCCUAACCAAUGGAGAUAAAUAUGUGCAGCCGGACUUUGUGUCAAUGUUGGAGCAAGAUGGAUAUGUGCGCGACCCGGAGUGCGAGAUCUCCUCCACAUGCACGGACACACAGGGCACAGCUAUAGAGAGUCUGGAGGCGUUGUCCGCACGGAGCCCUAGUACCGGUUUCCUCGCUGAGAUCAGUCAGAGUCUUGUCGCAGAAGCUGCGGGUUGGAAUGGCACAGAAAUUGUACCUGAUGAUCCUAGUAUGGUCUGUCAUGAUGACCAAUCUGCCAAUGUUGAGGAGGAAGGUCUGGAUGUGAUAUCUUCUUGUGGCAACCGAGUAGACUGUGAGCAGAUAUCCUCCUGGGUGGACGCAUUUGAUCCCUAUCUAUUUAUUAAACAGUUGCCACCGUUGGAGAGUGUGUCAACUCGUGCACUACGAGCUCGAUACCCUGCAUUACCUCUCAAGACCAGGACCAGCCCCGACUUCAGUCUUGUGCUGGAUCUGGAUGAAACUCUGGUGCAUUGCUCGCUGCAGGAGCUGCCCGAUGCCAGCUUCCACUUCCCUGUUCUCUUCCAGGACUGCAGAUACACGGUUUUCGUACGUACUCGGCCACAUUUCGCGGAAUUCUUGUCCCGUGUGUCUCGUACAUACGAAGUGAUCCUGUUCACGGCCAGCAAACGAGUCUACGCUGACCGUCUGCUAAACUUGCUCGAUCCAGCCCGGAGAUGGAUCAAGUAUCGCUUGUUCCGAGAACAUUGUCUGUUGGUGAAUGGCAACUAUGUGAAGGACCUCAGCAUCCUUGGUCGUGAUCUUCGGAAGACAGUCAUCGUUGACAACAGCCCACAGGCGUUUGGUUAUCAAUUGGAGAAUGGUAUACCAAUAGAUAGCUGGUUUGUGGAUCGCAGCGACAACGAGCUGCUGAAACUAUUGCCUUUCCUUGAACAUCUUGCUACAAAAGAUGACGUAAGGCCAUACAUCAGAGACAAGUACAAACUAUUCAGUUAUCUGCCACCGGACUAACUGACAAAGCAACUAAUUUUAUUAUAUAUACUUAUAUGCACCUUUAUUACAUAAGUAUACUAGCUGUUGCACGUGACUUUGUCUGUGUGCAGUUAAAAAAAAUUUAAUAGGGAUAUGAAAUAUAGAUGUUAGCCCUAAUCUCAGAUCUAUUGAAUAUGGAUUUAAGAUUUAAUUAAUAU